AUGCAUCGACCUAUUUGGCAGUAUGCCCUCGUCGCAUUGUUGGUCUGGCUCUGUCUACUAUAUCUGGUUGUGACGCACGACGUCGCGCCGUUACAGCAUGUACACCCUCUCGACGAUGACCAUAUCAUCAGCAAAAUCCAGAACUCGACCCUGGGCUUUCAAGAGAUCUCCGUCAUCUCUCUACCCGAACGAACCGACAAGCGCGAUGCCUGGACCAUCAUGUCGUCCCUGUUCGACCUCGACAUCGGUCUCGCCGACGGCGUCGACGGUGCAGCUGUCUCCGAGAAAGCGCUGCCACACACAUUCCAUCAAGCCCCAGGUAUCGUUGGCUGUUGGCGCGCUCACAUGAAUGUACUGCAGGACAUCGUGAAUCGCAAUGUAGCUUCAGCUCUUGUUUUCGAAGACGAUGCGGACUGGGACGUAUCGAUCCGAGAUCAGCUAGUGCAAUUCGGCCGAGGGGCCCGCUGGCUCCAGAACACCACGGACGACAUCAACAAUGUGGAUUCGCCAUAUGGCACCGAGUGGGACAUCCUCUGGCUCGGCAAUUGUGCGGCAAAGGCCGAUCACUGGGACGACCGACGCUUCGUUCUCGAGAACGACACAACCGCUGAUCCCAGCGAGUUGCGAUCAUACGGCAUCGGUCCCGGGACCAUGUACUGGCCAGGCAGCCACACUCGUCUUGUCUUCUCCCAGAGUUACGGUGUGUGCACUACAGCGUACGCAGUGUCCCAAUCAGGGGCCCGCAAAAUGCUGUACCACCUUGGCCUGCAGCCUUUCAACGCGCCGCUGGACCUGGCGCUGUCGGAUAUGUGCAAGAACAAAAGCUCGGCAUUCAAUUGCAUUGGCGUCUGGCCGCCCUUGAUUGGUGUGUAUCGAGCAGCCGGCAGAUGGUCGAGCGAUAUUGAGGCAGGAGGCGGUGGCGAAGUCGCGGUCGCACACGCGGAGCGAAUCGUGUACUCGGCGCGCAUGAACGUCGAAAGAUUGCUUCGUGGCGACGACCGAUUUGUGGCUGCUAACCCAGGCUUUUCGGAAACGGAGCUGACCAUGGAUGAGAUAAGUGCGGCUAUAGGUCGGCCAGAGCGUCUCAGCGAAACCAACUUCAAGUGGGAACAAGGACACUGA